AAUUAUUGAAUUUCAUUCAUAUCUAGUGAGAACAUACCGUUUUAUUUCAACUGCCAUUGCUUGAAAGUCAUUCGCAAAAACAACAGAUAUCAUGAAUAUAACUGGGGCUGUGAGCAAAAGUCUUGAGGAAAUUCCCUUGGCUGAGGGCGGUCCAAAGGGAAAUGGAGAUGAGAAAGAAGAUUCUGCAAAAGCCAGAGAAAAUAUGCAUGAAAUAGAAUCUCGUCAGGAUCUUGGUGAGAAAGAGCGAAAACUGAAGAUAUCUUGUCUGAAAAAAUUCCUUCACUUACCAUCAAAAAAGUCUUUGGAUAAAGCUAAAGAACAUGAGUUAGAUGUCGUAACUCCAACUGAUGAAAAAGUUGACAACAAUGAUGGGGAAGAGAAAGCUAGUGGCAGCAAGACAAAUAAGAAAUCGAAUAAACAUUCGCAACUACCUUUGGGAGGAAUGUUUCGUCAUGCUAGUCUUCCGAGAUAUAAGUCGAAAUACGACUUGAAUAGUAGAUCUUCAAAGAUAACCUUAAAAUCAUCCUUUUCCGGUUUUUGGAAUUCUGUUUUCAAGAAGGAAAAGAAGUCACCAUCCGAGGAUGACAUUGAUGAGACUGAGGGCGAUGUUAAAUUUACCAACUUUUUGGAGACCAAAAGUGAAUGCCGCACAUUGGGCGAAGAUAUUCAUUCUCUAAAAAUAUCGGAAGAUCCAAAUUAAGUUUAGAAAAUGUUUGAAAAUUUUGUUGUUGUAAUAUUUAACAAAUUAUUAAAUACACUUUUUGGUUAUCCAUUA